AUAUCUUUAAAUAGAUUAAAUUAAAAAAUUAAAAUCAGUUCACAUUCACUCAACAGUCAAGACUACUGCACUGCAUAAAUUAUUGACAUUUGACAAGAUUGACAUCCCCUUGUUUAUCUUUUCAAUUUCAACUUCUUUAUUCAUUCAUUUAUUUUUAUUUAUUUAUUAUUUUUUUUUAUCAAACUUAAAGUUAAUCUUUUCAACUUCCUUCCAAAACAGUCAAAUUCUUCUGCUUUAUUUUUUUACGGGAAAGAUUUAGUUGAAGAAUUGUUCAAUAUGGGUUUGAUGAAUAUUGUCUAAAGGAAACAUGGGUGAAAGUACAAGAAAGUGUAAAACUCGUAGAAAUUCGAGGGAUUCAUCCGAAAGCAAAGACAUAAUCAGCAGUUUACCUGAUGAAGUAUUAGGUCGAAUUCUAUCUUUUCUUCCUACAAAACAUGCUGUUGCUACUACUGUUCUUUCAUCUAGAUGGAAGAACAUUUACAAACUGAUUAGUGUUCUUGAUUUUGAUGAUUCGGUCUCUUUAAGUCUUCGAGAUGAUUUGGGAAAUGAAAGAAGUGAUAAUGCUAGUUUUAAGGAGUUUGUGAAACAGAUUUUGUCACAAUUGGAGAGGUCACAUAUUAGUAAGUUUCGGCUUAGAUGUGGGAAGAAUAUCGAGUAUUGUCUGUUAUAUGAAUGGAUAAUUGCUGCCUUUUGUCAUGAAAUUGAUGAAUUUGAGUUAUCUAUUGAUAUGCCAAUACCUUGUGUGCUACAACUUCCUCAGUUGUUCUGUGAGAAUUUGGUGGUGUUGAAGUUGGAUGGUAAAUUUAUACUGCGCGUCUCAACAUCAGUAACAUUCCCUAGACUCAAAGUACUCUUCUUUAAGGAAGUUACAUUCCAUGGAUAUAGCUCGAUUCGUUUCAGUGCAUACUAUGAGUCUAGUCUGAAUUACCAUGACUUAAAUGGGAUGUUGUCACGUUGUCCAUUGCUUGAAGAAUUGGUGAUAGAUGGGUGUGAUUGGAAUGGUUUAGAUCUCUACUUCACUAAUCACUUACUUAAAAGAUUGACGCUAAUUGAUGGUUUGAGUGGACCUAUUGAUCAGCUUAAUGGCUCUAUUGUUCACAUUGACUUGCCGAAUUUGGUCUACUUUAAGUACUCUCAAUGCCUAGCUGAACGGUAUAGUAUCAGGAAUCUAAACUCCGUAAUAGAGGUUCAUCUAGUCGUGUGUUUUAACGAUGAUGACUACGAUGAUGAACAAGAUCUUUGCAAUGCUAUUCUUGAUCUUAUCACAGGGAUUUGUAGUUGUCGAUCCUUGUACUUGUCUUCGCAAUGCUUAGAGGCUCUUACAAGUGGUGAUUUCGAACUGCCAAUUUUUCGCAAUAUGACUCUGUUAGACCUCACCCUUGGCCAAGAAGUCAGUUGGAGUGAUGUGCUAUUAGACUUUCUAUAUAGCUCGCCAUGCCUGGAAUCUCUUACCUUGGCGCAGGGAGUGGCUAGAUGGAACCCCAGUCUACUUGAUGGAAAAUUCUUGCUUAAAGCUAGAGCAGUGCCUUUUUGUGUUAAAUCCCGACUGAAGUUCAUUAACAUCAAUGAUUUUAAAGGUUAUAAGGAAGAGAUGCGAAUGAUAAAGUAUUUUCUUGAUAAUGCUCAUGGUUUGAAGGGAAUGGUGAUAUGCUGGGAUCGGCAAUCAAGGAAAGGAGACUUAAUUUAUAAAGCAAAGGAAAUAUUAGAGCUGCCGAAGUCCUCAAAAUCCUGCUCAAUUGCAUUUGAAUGAUGCAUACUUGGUGUUGAAAUUGAGACAACUCAGAUGAGGUAGUAUUGCUUUUGGUACUUGAAUUAUGAGUCUGUAUGUCAUUAUUUUGCUACUUUAUGUUUGCUCUAAUUUGAUUUGUGUAAGUGGUUGCAAUGUUUUGUCAUGAAAUCUGUGAAUUAACAUUGUAACAACUUACCAUAAUGGUGUGAGCUUAGAACUAUCUGCUUUUCCUCCCGUUUGGCUAGUUGUUCAUCCGAUGCGUAUGCUGUAGUGAUCUUGGGGGUUGAUAGUAAGUAUUGGUACCAUGUUUUGAUGUAUACUGCACUAGAGUUGGAUUUUCUCGAAUUUUGUAAGUAUUGGUACCGUAUUUUGAUGUAUACAACAUUUUAAUGUCCUAGUGAAUCUGUCCAUUACAUCUUUUGAGAUUACUUAGGAAUCAAUUGGUGUCUAUACAUGUACAUAUCUUGGUCUUAUUACAGACUCAAGUGGUGGCUUUACGAGUGUUUGACUUGAUGCUUCUGCUGCAUAGCAGAUUACAUAAUUUUCAUCAAAGUUUUGGAUGGAAAAUUUUGUUGUUGUUAAGUCCAAGAGAAGUAAGCAACUACUGUUUGUUUCCUGUAGUUUGUUCUCCCAAAACGGAAUAGAAGUUAUUUGUGAAACUGCUCUUUAUAAGAAAGUUUACACAUUUAGAGGUGAUCAAGCAAUACUUAUUGAUGGCUAGGCCGUAUAGUAUCUAUGUGAUUCCGAGUUGUAAAGCUCAAACAGCACCAUUUUGAUGGCGAGCACCAUC